CCUUUUCAGCGCUGGAUCUGGUGCGAACAAGGUCGUUGUUAUUAUCAUCGCUGUUUUGGAGUAUCGGGGAAAAUCAUCGGUGGAGUUGUUAAAGUCCACGGUUAAUCGAAGUAUCAAUUAAAACAAAAUAAUUUCAGAAUGGAGGUCAUCGAAUCAAUUGUCACAGACGGCAUUGAAGUGGAAGAAUCAACGACUACAAUUUCAACUUUGGAGACUGAAAAGUCAAAAACAGAGUUUGUGUGGACACUACAAGCAACAUGGCAUCUAGUCCAUGUUCGCCUGGAAAUGGACCAAAAGUUUGACCAGCCUGUGUGCAAAAAGAAGAAGCUGUGGGAGACUGUGGCUGAGAAAGUUACUGAAAAGUUAAAGGUGGAUGGCUGCACAGACAUCCCAGUCAAAGCCUUUGAAUGCGACCUGAAAUGGAGGAACAUGUUAGCUACAUACCGCAAAAAUGCUGAACGAGCCAAAAGACUGGGAAUCAAUAGCGUACACUGGGAGUUCUUCAAGGAGAUGCACGAGGUGUUGGGUAGAAGCUAUGAGGAAAUCGAGGCUCAGCGCAAAGCAAAGCUUAAUGGCACGAAGCUUGGCAAGGCAAUAGCCAGUAAAAGAUUCACACCAAUCCUACCAACGCCCACCUCAGUCACAGCCACGCAGUUACCCAACACCAAGCCCCCUCAGGAUUUACUGCAGUUGUACCUGGAGCUGCAGGAGAGGAAAUUGAACAUGUGGGUACAGCAAAAAGCUCUAGAAGAGAGGAAGAUUGAAGCCAUCAAUAAUCUGGCACGUGCCAUUACUUGUCUGGCACAGGACAGUAAUGUGCAACUGACUCAAGAAUGUGUCAUGCCAGAGAUCAAGAUUUCUCAACAAUAGUCAUGUCUUUGGUAUGUUCAUAUUAGAUUGAGUGGAUUUCUAUUUUUGGAGAUAUUGUAAAUCCCGUUAAAAAAAACUGUUCCGACAUGUCACAAAAUGAUAAAUGUAAUGUUACCUUAAUGCUUUGUCACUUUCUGCAAAGUAGCCUGUUUUACAUCCAUUGAAAAAUAUGUUAACAUUACUGAGCAGUUCAUGUCAUAGUCAUGUA